AGUGACAGUAUGCAACCUGAAUCGGCUCAAGUUCACAUUCAACAUUCGGUGAUUUAAAUAUUUAAAUUUUAAUUCCACGCAGUUGCACUCGAAAUGUCGUCAGCUCAAGUGUUCCAGUUUUUGUUUCUGAUUAUAAUAUUAAUUUCGUCCAGUAGUGCUUCAUGUUCGCGUGAUUCACAUUUAGAUAAUCUAAAAUUUAGCCUCGUACGCACCUGCCAACGCUCUGAAAUGUCUGCAAUCGCUUAUAAAAACACGGCCACUCUAGAGGAUUGUGUGCGCGCAACAAUAGCGGUGCGAGGUUUGGCUUUGAAUUUUGGCACAAGAGCGAGAAGCAAGCAGAAUUUGAAGGGUAGUGAAGUGUUUGAAAUACUACUCACCGAGCAACAGCUGCAACAAAUUACACGCCCGAAUGAUGGUCGCUUCGACGAAAACCACCAGAGCGUGUGGCAGCAACCGCAAGCGUAUUUUAAUUGUCACAUGCUCGCGUGUCCAGAGAACAAUACAUUGCGCAGUUUGGUGAAUGACAGACGUUACGACUAUUAUAGUUUGUACGGCGCGUUAGUUGCGUCUCACAACUAUUCCUGUAUACCUCAAGUGGGCCUAUUUCAACUGCAGGCAUUACCAACGAAUUUUCUUAAUGCUACAAAAUUUUGCCGGAAUAUUACAGGCGUUGCUGGUAUAGCCACAUUGGCACAUGUUGCCUCGGCAGCUCGCACUGAUGCCUUCGCGGAGCUCUUGAGCACCUACAAUCAACUUGCUCGACAAAUGCGUGGACGACAAUACACUUUGGCUUAUGUGGGUCUGCAUUUCAAUCGCUCCUAUACCACCCAGUCUAUUGAGUAUAUUAAUAUGGACGAUGAGCCACUGCGUUGUUUUCAAUUUGUAGCCUGGGCGCCGGGACAUCCGCGUACUAGCGCGAAUUUUGCAAAUAUAAGUUGCAUUGCUGUAACCAAGGAGCGCACGUGGAUGACGGUGGACUGCGAGCGAGAGCUUCCUUUUAUUUGUGAGAUAUACACAUCGCGGAGUGACUUAAAUGAAACUGCAAUCACUGCAGGGGCAUGUGCAUCCAACACCUAUACAUAUAGCGUGCAACAGCUGUUCGUCACUGCGGCAUUGCCAACUGUUUCUUUUCUAUUUGCAUUGCGGCCGCGUGUAAUUGCUACGCAUCGCAAUCGCGUGUAA